AAUGCAGAAACAUUUUAUCAAUUAAGAGAUUAGGUAAGAUUCUGUAUAUUUUAAAAAACACAAUUAACCACUUCGAAAAGAAUGGAUAACAAUCCAAAUGAGAUAUAUUGGAUCAAAGGGAGAUUUUAAUAUUGCUUUAAAGAUGGGAUCAGUAAAAUGAUGUGAAAAUUAAUUGAUGAGGUUAAAUCACUUUUGAAUAAUAAAACAGAAGAUGAGUAAUAAAUAAAUAUUGAGAGAUUGAGAUUUCAACCAGAUGAACUGAUAUAACUUGAUAGGAAGUUAGGGAAAGG